CUCAGUGAUUACGUACAGAGCGAGUCCCUGCGGGGUAGGGGCCCCCUCUGGAGCCAUCCUGAUGGCUUUGGGGGCCUUGCUUCCAUUUUCCAUUAUUAUGUGGACUACCGGAGCGACAGCGCAGUCCAAGACCUUGCAGUGGAAGACAAUGUGACAGAGGACCAGCAUAGUCCUGGGCAGACUGCCAUUCCAAGCGAUCCAGAGUGCGCCCUCGAGAGGGUGGCGGAGGAUGGUGAGGCCGGGCAUCUGAGGAAGAGGCUGCUCUCUCCAGAGGAAGGAGAAGAGGGAGAGGAGGAGGACGAGGAGCCUGCGCUGCACAGCUGCGACAGCUGCCGGCAGGUGUUCGAGUCGCUGAGCGAUCUCACCGAACACAAGAUUAAUCAAUGCCAGCUGACAGACGGUGCUGAUCUUGAAGAUGACCCUUCAUGUUCUUGGCCAGCAUCAUCUCCCUCCAGUAAAGAUCAGACUUCACCAGGACACUGUGAAGACUAUGAAUUUGGAGAGGAAGAAGGGGGCCCUGGCCUGCCAUAUCCAUGCCAGUUUUGUGACAAGUCCUUCAGUCGUUUAAGCUUCCUUAAGCGUCACGAACAGAGCCACGGAGAUAAACUCCCUUUCAGCUGUACCUUUUGUAGUCGCUUGUUUAAACACAAGCGUAGCCGAGAUCGACACGUGAAGCUACAUACCGGCGAUAAGAAGUAUCACUGUGGUGAGUGUGAGUCUGCCUUCUCUCGCAGUGAUCACCUCAAAAUCCACAUGAAAACUCACGCCUCCAAUAAACCCCAUAAGUGCCCUGUGUGCCGUCGAGGCUUCCUUUCCUCCAGCUCUCUACAUGGCCACAUGCAAGUACAUGAGAGGGGGAAAGAUGGCAGCAGCUCAAGCUUUUCUAGAGCUGAGGAAUGGAAGCUGAAAGAAACCCGGAAAUGCAGUCGGUGUGAGGAAGGCUUUGACGUUCCGGAGGAGCUCCAGCGGCACAUCGCAGAGUGUCACCCUGAGUGCUCUCCUUCAGAAGAUGGAGGCCUGGGUGCCACCCUACAGUGCAUUUACUGCCAUGAACCCUUCAGUGAUGAGGGCACCCUGCUGACCCACAUUGACCAAGCACACAGCAGAGAUAGGAAAGGACACACCUGUGCUAUCUGCUCUGAGCACUUUUUGUCUGUUGAGGACCUCUAUGCGCAUAUGGAUAUUCACCAACUCCCUGAAUCCAGUAACCAUAGUAACAGUCCUUCAUUGCUUACUGUGGGCUACACCUCAGUCUCUAGCACUACUCCUGACUCCAAUCUCUCAGUCGACAGCUCUACAAUGGUGGAAACAGCACCCCCUGUUGCCAAGACAAGAGGAAGAAGAAAGAGAGCUGCUCAGAAUAUAUCUGACAUGGGUGGGCGGUCCUCAAAACAGCCUAAAGUAUCCUACAGUUGCAUCUACUGCAACAAGCAAGUAUUCUCCAGCUUGGCUGUACUUCAAAUUCACCUACGAACAAUGCAUCUGGACAAGCCAGAACAAGCUCAUACUUGCCAGUUUUGCUUAGAGGUUCUGCCCUCUUUACUAAAUCUAAAUGAACAUCUUAAACAGGUCCACAGUGCAGAAGACCAUGCUGCCUUGUUAGCCAGCUUGCCUGAUGCCCUUCUUCAGUGUAACUUUUGUCCUGAGGUGUUAAGUGAUCUGAACGCCCUGCAGGAACACAUCCGCUGUUCCCAUGGCUUCCCUAGUCCUGUUGCCAAGGACAGUAAUGCCUUCUUUUGCCCCCAAUGCUUUAUGGGGUUCUUGACAGAGACUACCUUGGAAGAGCAUGUUCGUCAGACUCAUUGUGAUGGAGGAAGCCUGCGCUUUGACUCCCCAUUGGCUGUAACUCCCAAGGAACCUAUAGUAGAAGUGUACUCCUGCUCAUACUGCACCAACUCCCCCAUAUUUAACAGUGUUUUGAAGCUCAACAAGCACAUCAAGGAGAAUCACAAGAACAUUCCUCUGGCUCUAAACUACAUCAACAAUGGAAAAAAAUCCUUGCGCACUCUCAGCCCCUCUUCCCCAAUAUCUGUGGAACAAACUGCCAUGCUGAAACAAGGUAGCUCAGCCUCACGUACUGCAAGUGAGUUCAUAUGUAACCAGUGUGGAGCGAAGUAUACAAGUUUAGACCUUUUCCAGACUCAUCUCAAAACUCAUCUGGAUGGUCUACAACCUCAGCUCACAUGUCCACAGUGCAACAAGGAGUUUCUCAACCAAGAGUCUCUGCUGAAACAUGUGACAAUACACUUUACUAUUACCUCUACGUAUUACAUCUGUGAGAGUUGUGACAAGCAGUUCACCUCAGUGGAUGAUCUGCAGAAGCAUCUUCUUGACAUGCAUACUUUUGUUUUUUUUCGUUGCACUCUGUGUCAAGAGGUGUUUGACUCUAAGGUAUCUACACAACUCCACCUAGCUGUAAAGCACAGCAAUGAAAAGAAGGUAUACCGCUGCACAUCCUGCAACUGGGACUUCAGACAUGAGACUGACCUACAACUGCACGUUAAACACAGUCAUCUGGAGAAUCAAGGCCGUGCUCACCGCUGUAUUUUUUGUGGGGAAUCCUUUGGCACAGAGGUAGAGUUGCAAUGUCACAUUACUACCCACAGCAAGAAGUACAACUGCCGGUUCUGCAGUAAGGCCUUCCAUGCCAUUGUCCUCUUGGAGAAACAUUUAAGGGAGAAACACUGUGUGUUUGAGGGAAAGUCUCAAAACUGUGGCACUAAUGGGUCCACAGUAAGUGGUGGGGAAGGCCAGCCCAAAGAUGAUGCUGAACUACAAGGUCUCUUAACUAACAGCCAUGGUCCAGGAGCAGGAGGAGGAUCUGUGGUGGAAUCCCAGAACAGCCAUGAUGGAAGUGAGGAAGAGGUGGACACUGCAGAACCAAUGUAUGGGUGUGAAAUAUGUGGGGCAUCUUACACCAUGGAGUCACUCCUCACUAACCACCAGUUAAGAGAUCACAAUAUCCGCCCUGGUGAGAGUGCAAUGAUAAAACGGAAGGCUGAAAUGAUCAAGGGCAAUCAUAAGUGCAAUGUCUGUUCCCGUACCUUUUUCUCUGAGGCUGGGCUGAGGGAACAUAUGCAGACCCACCUUGGGCCUGUCAAACACUACAUGUGUCCCAUCUGUGGGGAAAGAUUCCCUUCUUUGCUUACUUUGACAGAGCACAAGGUCACCCAUAGCAAGAGUCUGGACACAGGCAGCUGCCGUAUUUGUAAGAUGCCACUGCAGAGUGAGGAGGACUUCCUGGAACAUUGCCAGAUGCAUCCUGACCUGAGAAACUCUCUGACAGGUUUCCGAUGUGUGGUUUGCAUGCAAACAGUGACCUCCACACUGGAGCUCAAGAUCCAUGGUACCUUCCACAUGCAGAAGACAGGCACAAUGUCAUCUAGUCAACCCCUGGUCCGCAACAAUAUCAUGUCUCAAAACCAGCAGCCACACCUUGCCCAAAAAAUUUUCAAGUGUGCCUCUUGCUUAAAAGAUUUCCGGUCCAAACAAGACCUAGUGAAGCUAGACAUCAAUGGACUGCCUUAUGGACUCUGUGCAUCUUGCAUGACUGCUGCAGGCUCCAAGAGCUCCAGCCCAACAGUGAAUGGAGGAAGGCAGCAACAGGGUGGAGCCACCACUCCAGCAUCAACAGCUGCUGCAUGGGUACAAGGGGAGAGUCUCAGUCCUGGAGAUGGAAAAGUCAAAGGUGUCUCUUCAUCAUCUUCUUCUUCUUCCACAUCUUCAUUAUCUGUUAUCAAGACACGCUGUUCCAGCUGCAAUGUGAAGUUUGAGUCUGAGGCAGAGUUGCAAACCCAUGUCCAGACGGUGCACCGAGAACAAGGUGGGGAUAGCAAUAGCGGACAGCUCAAGACCCCCCAGGUUUCCCCCAUGCCAAGAGCCAGUCCUUCACAAACUGAAGAGAAAAAAACAUACCAGUGCAUCAAAUGUCAGAUGGUGUUCUACAGUGAAUGGGACAUCCAAGUUCAUGUGGCUAACCACAUGCUAGAGGAAGGACUGAACCAUGAAUGCAAGCUCUGUAGUCAGUCGUUCGACUCACCAGCGAAGCUUCAAUGCCACCUGAUUGAGCACAGCUUUGAGGGCAUGGGGGGAACCUUCAAGUGUCCGGUCUGCUUUACAGUGUUUGUCCAGGCCAACAAGCUCCAGCAGCACAUUUUCUCCGCCCACGGACAGGAGGAUAAGAUCUACGACUGCUCGCAGUGCCCGCAGAAGUUCUUCUUCCAGACAGAGUUACAGAACCACACGUUGACUCAGCACAGCAGCUAACGUGGCAGAGCUCAGCGCCGUGGCCGAAAACAAGGAUGGCGACGCACGGAAUAAUGCCUGACCGCCAAUUACUGUCAGCGCGUUUUUUUUUCUCCCACUGACUGUCGUGUACUGAAGUUUUGAUUCAGUGGCACCACAAGAAACCCAUCUACAAAAAGAAAUUUUAAAAAAGAAAGAACGAAGGAAGGAAGGGAAGAACAAACCUAAAAGAAAUCUCUUUGUUCUUUACCAACCAUUAUGUCAAGUUAAAGAACAUUUGUUUGUACAUAGACUUCAUCGUGUGUUGCUUAACCACAGGUAUAUUGCAAUCUUAUACAGUAUUUGCCAAUGUACAGUUCAAAAUGUUUGUCCAAACAAAAAAAGAAGAGUAAAAGAAGAAAAUAUCAAUGAAAUUGUCAAACAAAACGGGUCCUAACCCGGUGUGUAAAGGAAAAAUGGGGUGCCACUGACAGCAGAGGAAUCUGUGGGAACUGGCAAGUGUUGUCAGAGGACUCUUUUUAUCAGUGGCACGCCUGCUGCGCAGUAAGUCACUCUGUAUCCAGACGUGGUCAAUCAUUAUGGUUAAGAGAAGCUUGAUUCACCAGCAUAGGCAGAAAGCUUGUCUGUGUGUGUAUCGUACAGUGAUCCGGCUGCCAGACCGGCUGUGAGCGACGGCGUAACAAAUCUGCACUGCCUGUGCUGGAGUUCAUGUUGAAAACUUUAAAAAUUAAAAUAAAUAUAAAACAACACAGAGGCGGGAGGGGGAAAAAUAAGCAGGACACAGGACAGGAUGCUGAUAUAUGCAAAUGCAGUGACACAGAUUUGGAUAAGGCUAGUUCAUGUGGUUGGCUCGUGAACAGAGGCGUGACGCUCCCAUGUGGCUCUCAGAGCAUGGGGAACUCUCCAGCCCUCCGGUUCAACCUAUACAUUUCUUUUAUUAAUGUUUACUGCUUGUUGAAGCCAGAAGAUUACUGGAAUUUUCUCUUUAUUUUAGUUCUAUCUGUAAGGUUUUGUUUCCUUCAGAAUGAGGCAGUAAAUAUAUUUGAAUUUGGGGCAUGAAGACUGAAUAUUCAGUCUGUCCCGGGGAUGCAUUUAGUUACAAAACUCCGUCCCCGGCUCUCCUGGAGAGUGCCCAUCACAUUACGCCUCUUUUCUUUUCCUAUUUUUUUCUCUUAUGACCCACUGUUCAAGCUGGAAGCCACUGUGGCAUCAUACGAAAUCUUUAAACCGUUCUGUUAUGUAUAAACGUUUUGCAUUCAUUGAACCUGAGAUGCACUUUUGUAUGAAACUUUAAUGUUUUGACAUUUUGACCGAAAAUUGUUCGUACACAGUUUACAGGAAAAAUCACCAUCUCCUG